GGAACCCAAGUAAUGGGUUGGUUCCCUAAGCAAGAACAAUGGUGCAGGACUCGGGUGACGAAGAUAUGUGGAGUAAGUGAAGGUGGGUCCAGUUUUGUGUAUUGGAGCAGUCAUACACAUUUUUACCAAAGCAUACCUCUAGAUGGUAGCAGUGUCACUUUUUCAUAUCACUUGCCAUCAUUUCUGCCUUCUGGUUUUCCUUUAUGUAUCCUACUGAUGGUGGCGGGAUGGAGACAUCCAUCAUGGUGGCGGUGCAGAGGCUGGACCAGGGUGAUACAGCCUGCAUGUCGCUGUUGGACAUCAAGGAGCUGACCCCGGAAAUGGCCGUCCUACCACUUCAGGCUGUACAGGUCUCACUAGCGAAUGUGACGCCUCUGAAUGGGUGGGAUUGGUCUGAGGAGGCAGUGGGCUGGUUCAGGGAAAUGGUGCACAACAGGACGCUCUAUGCCAGGCUUUACCCACAGGGACCCAAAGUUACAGUCGAGCUAUUCUUGGAAAAAGGAAAGCUUGGAGCUAUGAGGAGGGGUGCAUCUUUGUCUUUGAGACUGGCCCUGAAGGGACAUGCCAACCAUAGCAAACUGAAAGAUGUCCGUCUCAUGAAAAGAAACCUGGAGUCAAAAAUGAACUGGGGAGCCUUUUAUGCCGUGAUCAGCGGUGUAAACAGGCACUCUACUGGCAUCGGACGUGUUUGGCUCUCCGUAAUCUUCAUCUUCCGUAUCCUGGUCCUGGUGGUGGCUGCAGAGAGCGUUUGGGGAGAUGAGAAGUCUGGCUUCACAUGCAACACCCAGCAGCCUGGCUGCAACAGCGUCUGCUAUGACCAGUUCUUCCCCAUCUCGCACAUCCGCCUGUGGGCGCUCCAGCUCAUCCUGGUCUCCACCCCCGCUCUGUUGGUGGCCAUGCAUGUGGCCCACAGACGCCAUAUCGACAAAAAGAUCCUGAGGAAGACGGGCCGCAGCAGCCCAAAGGAGCUGGAACGUAUCAAGAACCAGAAGUUUCAGAUCUCUGGAGCUCUGUGGUGGACAUACAUGCUCAGCAUCAUCUUCAGAAUCCUCUUUGAGGUGGCUUUUCUCUACAUUUUCUACUUGAUCUAUCCUGGCUUUAGGAUGGUACGUUUGGUAAAGUGUGACUCGUACCCAUGCCCCAACACGGUGGACUGUUUUGUCUCCAGACCGACAGAAAAGACCAUCUUCACUGUGUUCAUGCUGGCCGUGUCUGGGCUGUGUGUGCUGCUCAACCUUGCUGAGGUACUUUACCUCAUCGGCAGGGCUUGUCAACGGUGCAUACGAGGCCCCGGGGAAGAGUCCAAAGGAGCUUGGAUAAGUCAAAGAUUAUCUUCUUAUAAGCAAAAUGAAAUCAAUCAGCUGAUCGCAGACCAUUCUCUCAAAUCUAAGUUAUCCGUGACCAAAAAGAGCCCAAUUGAGAAAGAUGAGAGGUGUUCUGCUUUCUGAGACUCCCUGAUACCUUUAAACUAAUCCACAGUAACCCCAUUCAUGGAGCAUGUUGCUCUGCAUUACUGGCACAGAAUCUGUAUAUUUUGGUCGUUGUCAGUGUACAUACAGUAUACAUGAUUUAUUCCAUCGCUCAUUGAUUCAUCAGUUUUUGCUUUGAUAUUGAUUUUACUGACACAAGUAUAGUCGCUGUUGAAAUGUGUCUAAACUAUUUGGAGCCAUUAGUGAAAGUAAAAUGUGUGUGUUUGUUUUAGCCCACUUACUGCAAAUCGGGUGUAGUUUGUUGUCAACAAUUUGCCAUAUCUUAUUUUGGUGUUUUUUGUUGGUAUGCAGUAAGCAACCUGCCGAAGUGCAAAGUAUCUUCAGCAAAUUAAAAAAUGUGUGUGUGCAUCAACACUUCAUUAGUUUAAGUCAAAGUUGCUUGGUAAUGCUGUUUAAAAUAUGGAUUUGUUUCAAUAGCAAAUCCAUAUUUUAAGAAAAACACCAGUUGCUGCCACACAGUUAGAGAUAUAUGAUGUAUUAAAAUCAUCACGGGCAAAGUGUCCCUUUUUUAAGGUUUUUCUGUUUGGGAAACAGCGUGAGUACUGGAUCUCAGCACCUGAAUGCAGACCCAAAAACCUUACAAACAUAAUUAUUCACUCUGGAUUAUUUCAAAAACAAUAUUGGGGUCUGUAGGUGUACAGAUUACAGUCAACAUUAAUAUGCUGGAUAAAAAUAAACUCUUUAUUUUUAUCAAACAUGUUAAUAUGAACCAUAUUCAAUUGUAGCCUGAGUAAAAGCUUAUAGAGUAAAGUUCAUUAAAUGUUCCCUUUAUAGCAGCUUAAGUUUGCCUUUAAGAGAGGUUUGAAAUCAUUUCUAUACAUGAACAACUGUUUUGGAAAUUAUAGUGAAUACAAAAUAAACAUAAUAAUUUGAAAACAAUUUUCCACAAACACAUAUCUGCUACUGACCUAUUAUUAAUUUAUAAUGCAGUAGUCAAGAGUGGUGCACAGUGCAAACUGUAUUUCAAUAAACCUUGAAAAAUCCUAGUACUGUAAAUAUGUGUUUGUGUAUCUAUGUGUUUAAUUGUAAAUACUGCUGCAUACUAACCUUAUUGUAGUUGUUUUUUUGUUUUGUUUCAGAACAAUGUUUAAGGUUCGCCUACUUGAUUUCCCUAAUUUCCCCGUUAUUAUAAUAUUUAUAACUCCUAAAUAUUCACUGGUAUCUGUACAUACAACAAAUGUAUUGUAAAGUUAUACCGGUGUAGCGCUCACAACAAUUCUGAUUCACCAGUUAUGCUUACAUGUAAAUAAGAAUUUACUCCCUGGUAAACAAUCUGGUUAAUAUAUUAUGUGGGUUGAAAUGUAUGUGUACAUUAUGUAAUAUAAUGAAAUAAACUGCCAGAUAAUGUGU